AGAAAACCCUAACUAUCAUGGACAAAGAGUUUCCACGUUCUGCACUGAGCAUCAACAACAGGAAUGAACUUUGCAGUGUCCUACAUCUGCAUUCCCUGUACAAACAGAACAAGGCAAAGGAGAACCCAGUGAAAACGCUGCUUGAAAUCAUCACCAAUUACUUCCUUGAGCGCCGUGGGACUUCCAGAAGCAUCAGUUCAAGUUCUGCUUUGUCAGCUCCCCAGAGUAAGAGCUCAACAUCUCAUCCAGCUGAUUUCUCAGAUGAAGAUCAUGUACGUAGGAGUGCUACUGUGCUCAGUGAAGGUGAAAGUCAAGACAGAUGUAAUGUUGAGAGUUCAGUAGAUAAAGUCCUGCCAUCCAGAAAACAUCAGCAUAGAAGUGAGAAAUGCCACACGGGGACAACACACAACAGCCAUAUACCCUCUGACGGGGAGAAGAAGCUAAAAGAUAGUCGAGAAGAUCUAAGAGCAGCAACAAUUCCUGAGGAGCUGAAAUCCACAGUGAAGGAGAAGCCAAAGCCCAGGUCUGGUCUCAUUGCCAGAGGAAUGAUGGCUGGACCAGUAGCAAGUUCACCAGAGGAUCUGCAAAAGAGGAGGCUUUCCAGACGAUCCACUAGCAUAAGCAGCACAUCACAGUUCAAGGGGGAAGAACAGGAAGAAAAUGACCUGACUGUCUCAAGUGAUGAUGUUCAAGAAAGCAAAGGAUCCUCCACACAAGUAAAUGAGGAGUUCGUAGCAAAGACUCUGUCAAGCUUGCAUACCAGUUCAGCCUCUGAAAAACUGAGAAGCAUUCCCAAAGACACAGAUGACUCUUUGGCCAAACUGCUGCCUGAAAGAGAGAGAACCAAAAGAGAAGACAGAAAAUCAAUUUCAAGCUUUGGUACAGACAGCAGUGAAAAGUGCUUUAAAGUGGUAGCCCCUCACAGGCAUUCAGGGUCUGGAAGAGAGAAGAGAGAAAGAUCCCUCAAGAAAAAUGAGAGUUGGUUGGCAGGACACAGGAAGUCACCAACAUCCACUUGUUACAAAGAAGACCAGAUGAAAGAUGUCCUAGAAAUAGUUGAUGUUGAGGAUGAGGAAACAAGUGGAGAAGUUAGUAAGAACCUGGAUCUUCCAACACUCUCUACACUUCAAGUAGUAUCAAAGGCAAUUGAUAUUUCUCUUGCAAAAGAAUUAAAAAACCUUUUGUUUGGCUCUAGUCUUGGCUGCUUCAGUGAAGAGUGGAAAAUACAGAGCUUUACGUUUAGUAACACACCGCAGUUAAAAUAUGGCCUCGUGCAGAAGAAGGGUGGCCCAUGUGGAGUACUGGCUGCAGUUCAAGCUUGUGUCCUACAGCAGCUUAUCUUUGCAGACACUAACAGGAAUAAAGACCCUCGCUGUCUUCAGCCUUCAGAAGCUCACAGGACCAAAUGCCUUACCAUGGCUAUUGCAGACAUACUGUGGCGAGCAGGGGGCAGUGAAAAAGCAGUUGUGGCUCUGCCAUCAGGAAGACAGCAGUUCACUCCCAUAGGAAAAUACAAGGCAGAUGGAAUCUUAGAAACCCUGAUACUACAUAGUGCCACAAGAUAUGAAGAUUUGGUUGCAUUCCUUCAGCAGAACAUUCACCAGUUUGAAACUGGCCCAUGUGGGUGCAUCCUUCUGACUGUGUCUGUCAUCUUAUCAAGAUCUAUCAAUCUGGUGCGCAACGAUUUCGAUGUGCUUACAAACCGACUGAUUGGCAGCCAUGGCUACUGUACUCAGGAAUUGGUGAACUUACUUCUGACUGGCAAAGCUGUGUCCAAUGUUUUCAACGACGUGAUAGAGCUGGACUCUGGCAAUGGCAAUAUCACUGUUCUGAAAGGCAUCACAAGCCACAGUGACAUUGGGCUGCUGUCUCUCUUCGAGCACUAUGAUGUUUGCCAGACACGACUCAGAUGUGCGCUGAAGACAAAGAGAACUUCCUCACCCCACCACUUGAGCACUGCAUUAGGACAAAGUGGCAAGGAGCUGUUAUUGACUGGAAUGGCACUGAACCAAUCUUGUGACUGGCCUGACCUGCUCUUUAUUUGUAAAGACAAAAAGGAAAUGACUGAAUUAGCACAUUCCUAUUCCCACCAAUGCAGGAAGCAGGACCAGAAUGCUGAGGAAGAAUGGCAUGGUGUGCAGGCUGGAAGAGCUUCACCUCAAUCACCUUCUGCUUCAGAUAUUUUGCUUAUAAUAUAAACAAGACUUACAUAAAUGCCUUGUCACUGCCUUUAUCAUACAGCUCCUGAGAGUGAAGUGAGUUUCCACCACCAAAUCAAGGUUACAGAUGAAGCAGUGAAGUCGUCAGUGUCCCCUUGAGGUCCCUUUCUGGAUCCACUCCGUAUCCUGCUAUUGUUUCCAAACAUCUGAUGGAAGAUGUGGAACCCAGAUUUCUGUCCCUUGGACAUGCCUUCUCUCUGCUGUCUUUUUCCUCCUCCUCAAAACUCCAGAGCAGGUGCAAAAUAUCCUCCAAGAAAUGUCUAUCCACUUCUUUAGCUGAUAUAUCUUCCAAGAAACAUGUAUCCACUUAUUCACCUGAUAUUAUUAAGUCUCCUUUUGCACUAAACAGUUUGGUACCCAUUGGGGCUUCUCAGCUAAAGCCUGAACUGUUCCAAGUUCUUGUAUCACAACAUUUGCAGUGAGGACUGUGGUUUUUGUGUAACCAGAAUAAUAACACUGGUACGUUCCUUUUACUGGGUGCAACUGGUGUGUAACAGUGCCUGACACUGAUGUAGCUGCGUUUUCUUCCUGGAUGAGAGCUAGCUGGAUCAGUAUCUUUAUGUUUAUACCAUUCUAGCUACUUCUACACUAGGGUUUAUUUACACCAAAGUAACAGAUAAGAUCUGUGGUUUGCUUCCUGAUAGCACCAAGGAACAGAAGAGCUGUGAGGUUUGAAGUUGGAAUGGUGCCUAUCUGUGCUAGCUACCAUUUUUCAUGCUGAAAUAAAGUGCAUGUACUGAAAGGAUGUACUCUGGAGAUGUGCCACGAGGUGCUGAAGCAGCAGUUUGUGUUCUGAAGUUAAAUGACCUAUUUUGGCUUUACCAAAAGCAGAUGUUGCUGAACUGAAGAGGCAAAACCUGCCUUGGGGAAAAGGCAGAGAAGUGGAACUUCCAGAAUUAUUCCUCCUGCUCAUCAGAGAAUAUUUCCAGAGAGUUUAAUAAACACAAUUUGCUUUUAUUUAUUGCUGCAGCAUCUUCCCAGUCAGUAUGCAAACUCCCCAGUCCUGAAAACCAGGACUCUUUCCAAGCAGUUGCUCUUUCCAACACCAAUCCAUUGUCCUGCUGUGCAUGGUGUGCAGAUACCAAACUCACUAUGCAAAUACAACUCUCCGGGAGUUAACACUGGAGCUAGAUUGGGAAACCAGCUCAGGUAUAAGCCAUAACAGGGUACCAGAAAGGUUUGGGUAGUCUUUGAAUGAAUACCUGCCUCCCCCUUUGCUUCCCAUUCACAUCAGUCUGUCUGUAUGCAGUAACAGAGUUUCAGUUACCUAAUUCAGGGUAAUGCUGUUUGUUUGGUUUAGCUGAGCUAGGCAAACUUCUUGAAACCCUGUGAGAUUGAGAUGCCCCAUUCGGCCUUUGAGGCGUAGGCAGCAUCAGAUCUGAGCUCAUUCCUCUGCUACAGGGAUGCUACAUGGCCUUUAGCAACCUCUUUCAUCUUUGUACUGCCAGCUAAAGGUGAACUCAAUACUGCUUACAGUAUACACUCAUCAUGCAUCCCUCAGGCACUCCAGUUUCCCACAUAGGGCUUGCCUCAAUGAGAGCUUCAGUGUUCCUGGGACUGGCAGCUCUCAAACAGUCACCAAUGCCAGAUCUAAAGGCUUUCUUCCUCUGCAAAUUUCUAUGACCUAUAGUCCAGGCUUUGCUUCAUGAGGCAGUAUAGUUUGAUUUCCACAUCUACAAUGGAAAAUAAGAUUGUUAUCUUUUGGGCUUUCCUGCAGAGUGCAUUUGAACAGCAAAGGGUGUGAAAAUGAAAAAAAAAGAGGUGGAGGAUUUUUGGAACUAGGUCUAACCAAAAAAAUCCUUUCUGGGUUUUCCAGUCCUGUAAACCUAGACCAUUUACUUUAAAAUACUGCUUUAAAGUAUGUCAGUUUGGAGAUAACCUUCCACUCCCUGAUAGGAGAGCAGCAGAGUCAUCUGGGGAAAGAGGGAGCUGCCUGGUCAUGGGCCAGAUUACAUCUGACUAAACUGUGGAUGUCUGCAGUGCAGACAUGUUCAGAGCAGCUGCUCUGUGUUCAGAAGAGAGGAGUUGUCUGAGUGUGAUGUAUCUUCACUUUAGGAUGAGAAGAGCUGUGAGUCAGAUUAUGAGUUCUAAGGGAGCCAAGAGGAUUGCCUCUUGGCAUAAGAAAAAGUAUAGUGAAUUGGAUUUGGAAGUAGACUCUGGUUUAUGGUUUAUCUUGGAGGGUAAAUGAAGAUGAGAAGAGGCUGGGAACUCUGACCCUCUUUGUGGAACAGGCUGCGAAGGAGUUUGUGGCUUCUUCACCACUGAUUGUAAGAGGUUUUUGUUUUGUUUUUGAAACUUAAUUUGUACAACAACAGAACCUCAACAAGACAAAUCUUUCUUACCAA